UCAGCAUUAGCUAAAACAGCAAGUAGCUCCGUUAGCCAGACAGUAGAGUCUGUGGCGGUGAAAGUCGUUCUCCGUCUAUUCCCCAAUGACGCGGACACUAAACGUACAAAUAUGUGCUGAUUACAGACUGAUAUUUAGUUAGUUAGUUUCUCCAGUCUUGGUCACCAACCAUCCGCGAAGCUAUAUAUCAACCGAUCGGAAGAGCGCAGUAACUCCCGUCCCGGGCGAUGGAUCCUGAUCGGCAGAAGCGAAGAGAGGAGAUUCAGAGGGCAAUGAGCUUUAUUCAGUCUUCUUUGCCUUUCCCAGAACCAGAGAGCUAUGAGAGCUUUCUGACCCAGCUGGUGUGUAACCUGCUGGAUGAAGGGAAUUGUUGUUUCCGCGACGGGGACUGGCGCCAAGCGUCUCAACAGUAUGGAGAGGGAAUCAGCGUCAGCCGUUACGCGCAGACCGAAGCCCUCAUCAUCCCUCAUGAGCUGCUGGAGAGCCUGUACGUUAACCGGGCUGCCGCCUUCUACCAGAUGGCGGAGUUUGAGCGCGGCGUCCAGGACUGUGACAGCGCUCUGUGCGUAUCGGAGGGCAGCCGCCGCGCUCUGUACCGCAGAGCUCUCUGUCUCCGAGAGCUGGGAAGACUCAGGGAGGCUUACGAGUGUGGCACCAAGUGUCUCCUCACGGCACCGCAGGAUAGGCAGGUUGUGGACCUUGCUCAAGACCUGGCCAACAAACUGGGCUUGAAGGUCCGUAAAGCGUACGUCAGCUCUCAGACGGAGUCCGGCUCCACAGAAGGAGACGGGGAGUCGUCGCCACAAACGGGAGAAAUGGCCUCCAACGGGCUGGAGUCCCUGAGUGACAUCGGACAAACGGAUCUGUCUAGUGCUCAGUGCAUCCCCGCCCCCUUGGCCACGCCCAUCCCGGUGAGUGAUGACCCAGCCACGGCGGUGGUGACCUCGUGCUCGGAGCUGCCGGAGAGCCCCAGCAGCCAGAUUCUGCCCCCCAUGCCGUACUCCGUCCCGGUGUCGGAGCACACGGAGGAGUGCGGCAGCACUAUCCUGAAGGACGGGCUGGACAUCCUGGAGUCCAUUCCCAAGAAAGUCAGCGAGAAUCCAGUUCAGGGUGCUAUCCCCACCAACCUCCCCAACACCGCCGUUGGGCUCCGGCCUCCGUACUCGCCCAGCCUUCCGGCCCCGUCGCCCCAGCUCCCCCCGGCCUUCUUCAGCUCCUCCAUCAGCGACAUGCCUCCUCUGGAGCCUUACUCGUCGCUUUGUGACCAGAGCUCCACCCAGGCGCAGGACGCUCUGGGAAGCUUCUCCAGCGGGGGUCCGGACGGAGAGGGGAAGGGAGUCGCUGCUGGCGGGCUUGACUCCCUGUCCGAGUACACUCUCCCUGGAGGAAGAGUUUGUCACAGCUUCAUUCCUGGGAUGGGCAACCACAGUUCUGCUCCUGCAAACGGGCCAGGAGGAACCAACCUCUCUCUGCUCUCCAGGAAUCCUCUGGCAGCAACGCACGAGUUCCGGCAGGCGUGUCAUGCCUGUUACAGCCGGAUAGGCCCACGAGUGAUGGACUACAAAUACCAGCCAGAAGCAGCGCAUCGAUGCAAAAGAGACAUAUUACUGUGCCGUCUCAAAACCUCCGAAGACCCCACCUGGAAGAGAAUCCGCCCCAGGCCUGCACGGAAUAACUUCCUGGGCGCGUUUGUACUCUGUAAAGAAGUACAGGAGCGUCAGGAGUGCCAGUACGGGGAGAACUGCACGUUUGCGUACUGUCAGGAGGAGAUCGACGUGUGGACGCAGGAGAGGAAGGGCGCCCUGAGCCGAGAGCUGCUCUUCGACCCUCUGGGCAGCACCGAGAGGCGGGCUCUGAGUGUCACGCGGCUGCUGCAGCUCCACAUGGGCAUGUUCAUGUUCCUCUGUGAGGAGUGCUUCGACAGUAAACCUCGGAUCAUCAGCAAACGGAGCAAAGAAAAUUUAGCCGUCUGUUCAAACCUCACGGCGCGACACCUGUUUGAUGAUAACAAGUGCCUGGUGCACGUGGUGCGGUCCGCCAACGUCCGCUACAGUAAGAUCCGACCGCUCCACCCCCUCUGCCAGUUCGAUGUCUGCCGCCACGAGGUCCGAUAUGGCUGCCAGCGGGAAGACAGCUGCUCCUUCGCUCACUCCGUCAUCGAGCUGAAGUGUUGGGUCCUGCAGCAGGACACCGGGAUCACACACGAGGAGAUGGUGCAGGAGUCCAAGAGACACUGGCAAAGGCUGGAGCAGAACGCACAGAAGCAGCAGAAGCCCAUCCACUCCCCCCACACCAGCGGCAUGUCUGCCGGGGGGCUCGGGGGAAUGGGGAGUGGCGUCGGUUGUCCGGGUGGAGACGGCAUCGUGGCGGGCGGCGCCAACCCCGUGGGAGGAGUCGGGAUGGGAAUGUUAGGAGGAGGACGAGGGCGCCCCCUCAACCUGAAAAUGAAGUUCGUGUGCGGUCAGUGCUGGAGGGAAGGUCAGGUCAACGAGCCCGACAAGAACCUCAAGUACUGCACGGCCAAGGCCCGACACAGCUGGACGAAGGAGCGAAGGGUCUUACUGGUGAAGUCCUUUGAGAAGAAGAAGUGGGUGGUGGUCCGUCCUCUUCCCUUUUCCCGUUCGUAUCCACAGCAAUACGACAUGUGCGUCCAUGUGAUGAAGCAGAAGAAGUGCCACUACAUCGGGAACUGCUCCUUCGCUCACAGCCUGGAGGAGAGGGACGUCUGGACGUACAUGAAGAACAACAACUUGAGAGACAUGCAGCAGAUGUACGAGCUCUGGCUGCAGCUGACCAAUCAGAGCAGGCGAGCGGACACGUCGGCUGUGAGCCCGCCCCCAGACGACAAGCAGGUGACCAUAACGGCAGAUUACACAGACAGCUUGGUGAGUCGGCAUUUGUCGGACGGAGACCACCUCUGAGGGCGGAUGAGCCCUUCAGCUGUAACUGUGGACCCCACCUGAACACAUUCACACAAACAUGAACACAACACAAACCCCGCAGGCACUAGCAUCCCUAGAAAGGUUUGUGAGUAAACUGCUUUCUCUUGCGUUACGUUGCCACAGACGUCCACAGUUUGGUUCCGAACCAACCAGGCCGGGUCCUCUGGUGGACUGAAUGAGCCCAUCGGGGAGCCCGGCUUCCUCCUCCUUCCAGCAAAACUUCCCACAAAGCACUGCAGCGAUGCUGGGGAGGGCGCGCAGGUCGCAGCCCUCAAAUUGGCGUUACAAACAAAGCACUCAAACUCCUUAACGCGUUCCUUUAGAGUGCAGCGAAGACGAGCUUCUGUUUUCUAACCUAACGCUCAAAAGGGGAUCUCGGAGGACGCCCCCCCCUCUAAGCUCACAACCAAAUUCUUCUCUCUUUUCUGGAGUUGAGAGCAGAUUUAACUAUGUAGAGAUUGAGUUUGAGCUUUUUGUUGUUGUUCUUUUUCAAGAAGGGUUACGCCUCCUUGUUUUAUCGUCUACCAUAUUGGUGGAAAAUGUUGAAUGUAACGCCUGCCUGGGCCUUCCAAACAAGGAUACGAGUCAUGAAAAUGUUGCAGGUUGAUGACAUUUCAGUUAGUGCCCCCCCUCUGGAUCACUCCAGCGGUUCCUGCAGGAGCAUCCUUAAAUACUUAGUGAGUCGGUCAGGAUGAAAUGUGAUUUUUCUCUCUCGGUUUUAUAAACUAUGGGGCCUUAAAUGAGGCUUCGGCAGCAAAGAGAUGCAAAUCUGCGAUCGACUCUCACCUCCGAUCCUUUAAAAGGCCGACUUCAGCUGUGGGGGAGAAAAAACGUUCUAAUUUAAUGGAAAAAGGUUGAAAAUGCAAAUAUUUAGAGGCUGAAAAGGAGGAUUAACUUGGGUUGAAGUUCUGCUGCAAAGUUUCGGUUCAGUUGAGGAUCUAUGAAAACCUGCGUUCAUUAUUGAACAAGACGCCGUCAGCAGGAAGGAUUCCCGCCGCUUAUCGUGCCUAAAUACACACAACAUGAAAAAAUGUGAACACACACACACAGAGAAGCAGGCAGGAGCUUUUCCACCGUCUUCUGGCCUGGACAGUGUCUAUAUACACACAUAUUAUUCAUACAGAUAAUAGACAUACUAAUAUUAAAUGAUAACUUAGCAGUUAAGCUUAAUAAAUAUAACCUGAAACUUGUAUGGAUCGCAUAGAACCUGUUGAGGUAUUGCCAUAUGAAAUGUACUGCUGAGCUAGACGACCAUAGUGAGUUUUGUUUUUGAGGUUUCUUUCUUUGAAAUGUUCCUUCUGUUGGGGCCGUUCCAGACGGGGCGUUCGGUUUGAUUCGGCGCAGACGAAAACCCAAAACGGGAGGUUUUCUUUUUCCUUUUUUGUUGUUGUCUCUACGUUUGUGACGGACUUUCAGAACUUUUAUGUUCAGGUUUCAUCUGCAGAACAGCUUCAUUUAAGUUGGAAGAAAUAAAAGCAAAGUCCUUUCAAAAUAAAAGUCCAGCCUGAGCCUAGCCCCACAUGCAGACCUGGUCUGGAACGGCCCGGAAACUAGCUUCUUUGAGGGAUUGUAUCACUACUGCUUCUAGAGUUCUGAUGAAUAAGAUGACUAUAAUGAUUGCUAUCUAUUGACUAUUCCUAUCUUCUUCUAUACGCUAUUGAAAUAUGUAUGUAAAUGGCAAUGUAUAACUCUCUCUAUAUAUGUAUCCAUGUGCGAAUAUAAUAAUUGACAGUAAGCCGGCGUCUGCGUAUGCAGGAGUCUGCUCCUCUCUACCGGUGAGGGAGAUGCAUACGCAGAGGCCUCUAUGCUCCUGUAUAGCGCCUUAUUCGGUAUAAGAUGAUACAUACCCUAUUGUAUAAUCGUAUCUACUAUAUACAGUAUAUGAUACUUAAUACCUGUUAUAAUAUUUAGACAUCUACGUAAGGUCAUUUAGAUAAGAGAUUGUGGCCUGUCUUUUCUUUUUUUUUCGUGUGGCUGUGGUCAGAAAAAAAAAAAGUUUGUUUUUCAGAGUUAAAGAAGAGAAGGAGCCCGAAUGCUCGUCACCGUUUGUUUCAGUUCCAAUAUAAGAGAAACCUUUAAGUUUGUUAUGAUAGAAACAGGAAGUUCCCACGUUUCAGCCUUACAGUUUGGAAGAAAAAAAAAGAAACAGUUUGGAGUUGAAGAACGCCGACAUCUGUCAGAAAACGGAGGAUCUGAUGCAGAAACAGACGUGUGGCUGCAUGUUCACCUGUCCAACGUCUGCUGGCAGCUUUUCACCAGGAUGGAACUAACAUUCAUGCUCUGAGGGAAUUAGUCACACAUGAUUCACUGCAGAUAUUCAUUAAAAAGGCUGUAAUAAAAAGAAAAGCUGUGAAGAGAUUCUGAUGUGAGAAGACGGUUCAGGAAAGACGUUUUCUGUUCUUUUCUUCAGUGAAGGCGUUUAAAGCGUCAGACUUUCACUUUAAAGCUCUUUCAAACCGUUUCUGUCUGUUUGUAACACAGUUGGCUUUGUCUUCUUACCAAGCAAAAGUUCAGGAAUCGGUUCUGCUCAUCAGCGAUGAAAGGAUGCGUUUUAUUUUUCUGGCAAAAACGGAACAAAUGUUGAUGUGACCGACGCUGCUCUGUCGCUUCGCGGCGCCGACGCGGCCACAAAAGAAGCUCAUGAUGGGUGAAGUACAAACGUGCAUUGUUGCAAUGAAGAAACCGGAUUCAGAGGACAUGGGAAAAUAAAUAAACAAACUUUUUUUGUAUCUCAUUUUGCAUAACAGUUUUUUAUUUGAAGUUUUUUGUUUUUUUCUUUUCUCCCUGGUUGGAAGUUUAUGAUCAACUCAUGUGGACCAAAUCUCUUUAAAUUGAAUAAACUGUUUUAGAGAAAGCAAA